GUCAGCUGCCAUUCCUCGCGGCGCAGAAACAAAAGAGGGCAGCUCUAGGGUUUUCUCUCUUUCAUUCAGGCAGGCAAAUAAUGGGUGGUGGCAACGGUCAGAAAGCCAAGAUGGCUCGCGAAAGGAAUGCCGAGAAACUCAAGGCUGGCAAAGGAAGUCAGCUCGAUACGAACAAAAAGGCCAUGAAUAUCCAGUGCAAGGUGUGUAUGCAGACAUUUAUGUGCACAACAUCGGAGGUGAAGUGUAAGGAACAUGCUGAAGCAAAACACCCAAAAUCUGAUCUCUUUGCUUGUUUUCCGCAUCUCAAAAAGUGAGAUCUUUAGGCGUCAAACAUCUUUGCAGAAAAAAAAAAAAAGUUGGUAUGAUCUACCCGUCACCAGCCCAAUCAAGGGCGAAGGGCUUGUAGUAUUUGUGUGCUUGUUUGUGAGACUUGCAAGUUGUGUUGGUGGUUGGUCUUAAUUGUGAAGCUUCUUUUUAAUGAGACAAUUUCUUAUGUGACAUGAAACAAGCAAAUGUUGAAAUUAAAACCUAUAUGUGAACCAAAACAAGAGACGAGAAACCAUUUGAGAACA